AUGAACUCGACAGACACGAAAAGCCUAGUCAUCACUAACGGCAUGUUUAUCAUCGAUGAUAUCGAACGCGGUAGUUGUAAUAUUCACUAUAAAAACAUCCCAGGAGGCGGUGGAACCUUUGCCAUUUUGGGUGCAUGUAUUAUAUCGCCAAGCCAUGCGACUUCCAAAGGUUUGAAAUGGAUAGUGGACAGAGGCUCUGACUUUCCAGAGGAGGUUACAAGGGAGAUAGAGUCUUGGGGAACCGAUGCGAAAUUUCGAGAUGAUUUUGAUAGAUUAACUACCAAGGGGUUAAAUUAUUAUGAGGGAGAUAAUGAUUUAAGAAAGUUCAAGUUUUUGACUCCAAAGAAGCAGAUUAACGUUGAUGAUUGGGUUGCCACAUUUGGACGGGAAGUCAUCGAUGAAAUCCAUACCUUUCAUCUUUUAUGUUCUGGAUCUAGAUGCCUGGAGAUAAUUGACGAUUUGCUACGGGUAAAAAGUACAAAAAGUUUAAAACCAGUCGUAAUUUGGGAACCCUUCCCAGACCUUUGCGACUUUGACCAUCAGAGUGAUAUUAAAAGUGUAGUGCAGAGAGACGAUGUUAUAAUAAUAUUAUCUCCAAAUGCCGAAGAAUCAAAUCGCUUAUUUGGCCUGCAUGACAAAGAACCGACUAGUUUGGAAGAAUGUCUCAAAUUAGCACAUUAUUUCGAUGACUUCAUGAAUGAAAAUAAUAUGUGUGUUCUAAGAUGUGGCUCCCUCGGAAGUUUAUCAAUAAGCGAAAAGGUUGCAGAUAAGCGAUGCUAUGAGUAUUUUCCAGCGUACCAUUCCAAAACUCAAUCGAAAGUAGUAGACCCCACUGGUGGGGGAAACUCAUUUCUUGGUGGUUUUGCAAUUGCUUACGCUUUAACGGGAAGCUUAAGUACUGCCAGCAUAUGUGGCAACAUUGCGGCAAGCGCAAUCAUUGAGCAAACUGGGAUACCAAGGUAUGAUCCCAUCGAGAGAACUUGGAAUGGGGUCACUUUGUUGGAAAGACUUACAUUUUACCUUUCGCAGUUUUGCCUUCGAUACGAUAUUGGUGAAGUUUACGAAAGUCUAUCACAAUGA